ACGGGAUUCCCGAAUUACCCCCGGGCCACCUUGCAUAUUCGGUUCACCACGCACCAACCGAGGCCAAAGACCACCACCACCACCAUCAUCCUUCCCCAGCUCCGCAGGCUCUUCACCGCCCACCCUCCGCUUCGGAGACGCGCCGAUCCAGAUCCAGGGGCUUAUCAUGGCAUCAAAACGUAUCCUCAAGGAAUUAAAGGACUUGCAGAAGGACCCUCCGACAUCAUGCAGUGCAGGUCCUGCUGGUGAGGAUAUGUUCCACUGGCAGGCAACCAUCAUGGGUCCUCCCGAUAGUCCAUAUGCUGGAGGUGUUUUCUUAGUGAACAUUCAUUUCCCUCCGGACUACCCCUUCAAGCCUCCAAAGGUAUCUUUUAAGACGAAGGUGUUCCAUCCGAAUAUCAAUAGCAAUGGGAGCAUAUGUCUCGACAUUCUUAAGGAGCAGUGGAGCCCUGCUUUGACAAUCUCUAAGGUUUUGCUUUCUAUCUGCUCACUGCUUACUGAUCCCAACCCAGAUGACCCUCUUGUCCCUGAGAUUGCUCACAUGUACAAGACGGACCGGCCUAAGUACGAGGCGACAGCCCGCAGCUGGACCCAGAAGUAUGCCAUGGGAUGAAAUGAAGGCCCCAAAUUCGGCUUCCUGCACAGAUGCAGACGAUUGUGAUGUUGCCCCUAUAAACUGUUUCUGGGGCCGUUAUGUUCUUCCAUUCCUUGUGGUCCGUGUGCAUUCUCCGAUCCAUGUAGGAUCGAGCCCUAGCCCAACAUCAACCUAUCAUUGCCGUCGAUAAUGAGAUGACUUGUGCUUGCUGUGAUAACUAUGCUAGCGUUGAUGUUAUUUGGUAAAUGGUUCUCGCUGAA